AUGGUAGUUUCUCAAACUAUUAGACCACAUGGUGCUCUUCCAAGCAAUAUCAAAAAGAAUUCGAAAGAACAACUUCAUGCUGUCUCUAUGAGGAAUGGUAGACAAUUGGAAGAAGUUACUCCAAAGAACAAGAAGGUGAAUGCUGAGCUGAUUCUUGCUAAGAGGACAGAAACUGAACAAAAGAUUACUAAUAAUGUUGCAGAGCAGUUAGAGUUAGUGGUACACAUCAACAUCCCUUUGGUGGAGCUCUUGCAAGAGGUUCUGAAAUAUGCUAAGUACAUCAAAGAUGUUGAUGCAAACAAAAGAUGUGUGAUAGAUAUCGAGACUGUAGCGCUUAUUGAAGAGUUUAGUUGCAGAGUGAGGAGCAAGAUUCCACCAAAGCUAAAAAAUUGGGGCAGUUUCACCAUCUCGAUCGCUAUUGAUAACAUGGAGGUUGGGCUAGCAUUGUGUGAUUUGGGUGCUAGUAUUAAUCUGAUGCCCACCUCUGUGUUCCAGAAGUUGGGAUUGGGUGACCCGAGACCAAUAACAGUCACUUCGCAAUUGGCAUAUAGAUCUCCGGCAUACCCUGUUGGUAUAAUUGAAGAUGUUGAAAAGCUAGAUAACUUUUUGGAUUUUAGAGAUCUCUUGGAGAUAGAGUUGGUAUAUGAUGAGGAUUUAAUGGAAAAUGAGGCAGUCGAGGAGUGUCUUCACAUUCUUGACACUUCUUGUGCCUAUGUUGAACAUGUGUUGCGAGGAAUUAAGAGACAUGAUCUGAGCUCUAGGAUGGACUAUAGCUGA